AUGUUGAACGAUUUCCCGUCUUUGAAGAUCCCGCCAACGUUAUUGCUGACACAACUUCCGCUUUUGCAACAACGCUUCUAUAGCGUCAGUUCUUCACCGAAAUUCCACCCAGGAGAGGUCCACCUGACAAUUGCCAUUGCGAAAUAUAUUAAACCAAAUGGAGUCAUUCAUCAUGGUAUUUGUUCGACGUGGUUACAAACCUGCCCUGUAGGUGAGCAGGUACCGUGUGUCAUGAGAGCGGCACCUAAUUUCCACAUGCCUGAAGACGGUACACGGCCAAUCAUAAUGGUUGGUCCGGGAAGUGGUAUUGCUCCAUUCCGGAGUUUUUGGCAACAAAGAAAGAUUGACAAAGAAAUGUUGGCUGUGCCAAGACGUAAGUUCCAUGAUCCUUAUGGUGAAAAGAAAGGCUGGGGUAGCAUGACAAUUUAUUUUGGAUGCCGUGAUCGGAACAUUGACAACAUCUACGAAAGUGAACUCAAACAGUAUCAAGAAGAAGAUGUCCUUCAAGAUGUUUACUUUGGUUUCUCUCGAGAACCUGGCAAGAAAAAGGCUGUUCAUAUUUAUCGAUCAAAUAGAAGUCGCCUUCUCUCUGUCCCAGUCUUUUCGUAUCUAUCUAUCUAUCUAUCUAUCUAUCUAUCUAUCUAUCUAUCUAUCUAUCAUUUUGUGUAUAUUCAUCGACCUGAACUUACCUACGUACAGCACCUGCUGAAGAAGAACUCCAAAGCCGUAUGUGAUGCCAUUGUCCGAGAAGGUGGACACUUCUAUGUCUGCGGUGAUGUGCAAAUGGCAUCCGACGUGUCUGACACAGUCGAGAUGAUUCUUAAAGAAGAUGCUCCGAUGUCAUCGGAAGAAGCCAAAAACUAUGUGCUCAAAUUACGGGUGUGUAUCAACGUUUUUCUGUCUUUUGAAUUCUGUAAAUCAUUUCAAGGAUGA